AUGGAUGUGAAUGUGAAUGAGCUGAGAGAUCAUGUUGACAGAAGAGAGAGAGCACAACCCGCCAUUGGCCAAAGAGAUCUUUGCCACUGUUGGGAGUGUGCUUUCUCUUCUUCUGUCAUCAUCUCUUGCAUUCCCACAUCUGUGAUGUUACCAGCACCGUCUGAUCUGCAUCUAUCUAACACAUAUGUGACUGGUGUUGUCUUUGUCUCGGCGGUGGCAACAGUAGUGAUGCUGGAUUGUGUCUCUCCUCGGGAGAGUUGUGAUACCUGGUGGCUGAUGUUUUGUCUCUAUUUCAAUGACGGCGACAACAGCAACAUUGGUGGUAGUUGUUGGGAUCUAGUGCUCUUCUCUACUUUGCACCGAUGGAAGAACUAUGCUUGGUCAUAG